AUGUUGAGAGCAAUAUUUAUAUUGAAAAGAAGCAGCUCGAGUUUUACUCAACAAACCUUAGAAUCUUUAGGCACUAAACUCAAGCCUCAAGCUGUCAAAAUCGACAUUCCCCCUGUCGAUUCAUCAAAGAAAAAGAAAAAAAUCAAGCUCGCCGACAAUGAAUACAUCCCACCCUACCGAGAUGAAUCACGCGAGUAUUUUGCGUCUAUCAAGCCCAAUGAAAUAAAGCUUCCUGAAGUUCUGGUCCCAGUCGAAAAAGAAUGGAACACAGCCAGACAAUAUCUUGAAUCGAGGACUAAAGAAUUGAACAAAUACGCCGAUAAGAUGUUGGAGCCAGGCCCACGUGGUCUUCAUUGGGAAGAAAUCGAAAACCAUGGGGAGCACAUGUCUAGCAAUGAAAUCCGUUCUUGGAUACGUCAGCAUAAGUCACAAUUAUCAUUGGAAAGAACCAUUGGCAGCUAUGAUGGAGAAGAAGAAAUCACCAGAGGAGGCCGCGGAACAUAUCUUUCAGAUGAGAUCAAUGGGGACGUUUUUGCUAAUCAGUAUUUCAAAUUAGCGGAAAUUUAUGACCCAAAAAUAGAUCUGCGCAAAUACCCAGGGUCCAUUCUUGGACCAAACAUGGAAGACGACCCUUCAUAUUGGGCUGAGUGGUACGUUAAAAAUCAGCCAAGGCCUUUACAAUAUUUUGAGCAGUUUGGCUUGAUGGGAGGCAUAUAUUUAAAAGAGCAAAUCGGAAAAUUCUAUACACACCCAGAGAUACUCAAGACAUUUAUGACAACCCAUUACAAGCCUUAUGAAUAUAUAAUGAAUCAUCCUGAAGAGACCUUCAUAGUAAAACCCUCUUCCCCAGACAGCAUCACAGCAAUUUCUGUGCUUGAAGACGAAGAAUAUUUGCCAGUGCCCAAAGAAUUGCCAAUGAACUAUAUAGAUAUCACAAGGGCCCUUGAGAGGUGGAACGUCUACCCAGCAAUGGAAACAUCUCUAAAACUAAAAAAAAGAUUCGACAGAGGCGAAAAAUUUCCCACCCCCAAUAAGCCAUGGAAACCAGUUUCAUAUUCAAGCUGCUUAAAUUACUAUGAAAUGCUUCCUAGGUACUAUCGUGAGCACCGCCUCGUCGUUUCUGUCGCUUUAAUUUUAGACAGAUGCCGCCCUUUAAUGUCCAGGAAAAAUAAAGAAAUUUUCUUAAAUAAGCUCUGCAACUUUUUGACACCAAGAGACGAAACUAAAUACAAGUUCUUGCAGGAGUAUUUUAUUAAAAAAGAAACCUUGAACCUUGAUAACCCACAAGUUGAUUAUGACCCUGCCUGGGAUUCAGACACUGAAGAAUUCAAAAAGUCCUUAAUUGAAGAAUGGGAAAGCAGAUUUUAUGAUACUGACGAAGACCGAGAUUCGGCACUCCCAGAAGGACCUGAAGAAGAAGAAGAAGAAGCUGAAGAAUCCAAAGAAACCAAAGCAGCCACCCCAGCAGCCACCACAACUGCAAAAAAAGAUGAAAAAAAGAAAUUCCCAGCCAAAGAUAAACAAAAUCGUGUUAAAAAAUCAAAAAUAGCAGAAACAGCCAAAAAAGAAGAAGCUGCCAGCGCCCCACAAGGAGGAGGAGAAGAAGAAGAAGAAGACGAAGAUUAUGAAUACGUAGACACUCGGGAUUAUGGGCCAGGCUCAGAAGAAGAUGAAGAUGAAGAAGGUGAUCCAUGGGAUGAACCGAGGAAAAGCAAAAAGAAGAAAGCCAAAGAAGCCAAAGUAACCAAAAAACCUAAGGAAGAGACAAAGAGAUCAGUUAGUGGAGAGCCAGAAGAACCCAAAAAAAAGAAAAAAUUCGCUGAUGAAGAAAGUGAGGUGUCUGCAUCAGAAGAAGACGAAUUUGGUGAAAAUGAAGAAAUGCGCUGGAGAAAAGACAUUGACGUCACCAAGCUGACUUCUAUUGAAAGAGAAAAUAUGGUUGAUUAUAGCGGUGAUAAACAGGUCGUCAAAGAUCCUAAUGAACUGAAACCGCUGCCGAGAAAGCAAAAAGAAAUGGAAAAAAUUCAGUCUAUGAGCAAAGAAGAAAGAGAACUGAUGAGCAUGCUAGGAGAAACAAUCACAGAAAAAAGGCAUAAGUUUGAGACUUAUGACUGGGAAAUUCCAGAUUAUGGAGUGAAUUGGUUUGAGAGGAAUCAUGAAAACCCGGAUGGGGUCAUCCCAAGCGUCAUUACGUAUUAUGAUAAUAAAGAUGGGUACUGGGACGAGUGGAUCAAGGAAAAACAUGAAAGGAUAGGCUUACCACAUAUGACGAGGAGAUGCUUCUUAAAACACUAA